AUGGCUAACGCUAACUUCGAGCCGAUGCCAUUCAUCAGAAAAUUUGGUUCCGAUAAACUGGAGUCGGUUGGUACCACCAGUUAUGGAGCAGCCACAUCAUCUGCUGUUGUACUUGAAGAAUCACCUUUCAUCGAACUGUCUGGUGUGACCCGAAUGCGAGUACCAGUGAGUGGAGCAUGUCGCAAAUGCGGCUAUGCAGGGCAUUUAGCGUUUCAGUGUCGUAAUCUGAUUCAACCGAAGAAUUGCGCAGAUACAUUUCUGGACGUUUCAUCGACCAGCUCCGAAUCCGACUACGAAACACCGCUUACUGCCAAAGGUGAUGCUUAUUGUUAG